UGGCGGUAAUGCACCUAAAAGUUGUAUGCCAUCCGCCAUUAAACACCAAGAAGAAGACGAAGAAGAAGAAGAAGACGUCAGCAGCGGAAGAGGACUGAGAGCGGAUGUUUGCGCUGGUCACAUUAAACGCCUAAAACAGAUAAUUUCUAACAGUUUUCAGAUGUCUGAGGACGUCUAUGAGAAGUUCCUGGCUCCAGAAGAGCCGUGUCCGCUGCUGUCUCGGAGAGGGAACCUCAGUGAAGAUGCUACGCUGGACGUCAGUGACUUCGGCUGUCAGCUGUCCUCGUGUCACCGCACAGAUCCGCUCCACCGCUUCCACAGCAGCAGGUGGCACCUGACCUCCUGCGGCACCAGCGUCGCUCCGAACCAGUGUUUCGAAACAAAUGAUUCAGAGAUGUUUGGAAGCUUCACAGAGCAGCACUCGCUGCUGGAUGAGCAGGAGCUGGCCUCCUUUGAGCUGUUCCCCGAGGGCAGCGUGUGCAGCGACGUGUCCUCCUCCAUCAGCACUUACUGGGACUGGUCCGACAGCGAGUUCGAGUGGCAGUUAGCAGGCAGUGAUGUAGCCAGCGGCAGCGAUGUGCUGUCAGACAUCAUUCCCAGCGUGCCCAGCUCACCCUGCCUCCUGUCCAAAAGAAGAAACAAACCGCACCGAAACCUGGACGAGCUGCCCUGGAGCACCAUGACCAACGACGAGCAGGUGGAAUAUAUUGAGUAUUUGAGUCGAAAAGUGAGCACAGAGAUGGGACUUCGAGAGCAGCUGGACAUCAUAAAAAUAAUCGACCCGAGCGCACAGAUUCUGCCGACAGACAGCGAGUUCAUCAUUGAACUAAACUGCCUCACAGAUGAAAAGCUCAAACAGGUGCGGAGCUACAUCCGUGAGCACAGUCGGCGGCAGCAGCGCAGCGUGAAGAGGAGCCUGGCGAGCAGCAGCAGUAACACCAGCAUCACCAGCAGCAGCAUCAGCAGCAGCAGCAGCAGCAGUGCCUCUAGCAUCAGCCGCGCUCACAGCGACAGCAACCUGGCCUCCGCUGCAGAGAGGAUACGAGACUCCAAGAAGCGCUCCAAGCAGAGGAAGCUGCAGCAGAAGGCUUUACGCAAGCGUCAGCUGAAGGAGCAGAGACAGGCUCGUAAGGAGAGACUGAGCGGUCUGUUCCUGAACGAGGAGGUGCUGUCUCUCAGAGUCCCGGAGGAGGAGGACCACUGCGACGACCUGGACGUGCUGAUGUGACCCCAGUGACCCUUCAGUGCUCCUUCUACGCCUCUUCCACAUCAGUAUAAUACUAAUAAAGGCUCUCACAGUAAAACACGUCUCCAGUCACAAAUACAGCAGACACAGUCACCGGUGAUCUCUAUCAUGUUACAAUAAUCCCAAUAAUGAAGUAUUAAAAUACACCUCGUCAGUCUCAGUGCCAGUGACGUUUCACAAUUCUUAGUACAACAGCAAAAAAUCUGUUAUUACACACUCUUUACUAGGAAAAAUAAAUGAUUAAGUACAUAACCCUAAUUGUAUAUGAUGCCAAGUUUAAAAUGUACUUGGUACUAGCCAUACUCUAGAAAGAGACCAGAGCUUGCAUUUGAGUCAUUAUUUCUCAUCUGUAAGAAUUUGUUAAUAGUCUUAUUUUAGUCAAAGGCACUAAAUGAUAGGGAGUAUGAUUUAGACUUGUGAUGAGCGUGAAUCUUUAGAGACUGAUACAUAUGAAGAGCAUCAAAAUAAAUAUAUUAGAUUCACAUAAAAAACGAAAUACGUUCAACUCUUGCCCAGAAAACACCUUUUUAUAACAGUGCAGUUAAAUUUGCAUUGGAUAUAUGCAUUAUACCAUAACAUCUCAAACAAGCUCUGACACGCAUUCUUCAGUAGUGUUUAAAAGCGUUGAAAGGACAAAGAAGAACGUUUAAAAAUGAACUUCAUCAUGUAAUACAUUGACCUCAUCACUGAUUUGUUCAUAAAAUGUACAUGAAUUACAGUGCAGUUAUUGUGUGUAGAAGUACAUGUUGAGCUCAGGCGUAGAGGGAGCACUGACAACUCAAGUCAUCUCUAUUGUGUUUCUACUUUACAUUGAUUUCAGAUCACAGAAAAAUGUGUUUUGGAACUUUUUGACAUUACAAUUUAAUAUGAAAAUCUUCUAGUACACUAACUUUAAACAUGUUUGUUGACCUGCUAUUACAGAAAAUAUUGCUUGUGCUCUCCUAGGCAGAUUGGAGAAAGUAAUAUUUUAUUGUGAUUAUAUUUAUGUAAUAUGUGUUUUAGAGUGGAAGCGGGGGGAUGUUUUAGUGUAAACCAAACCCUAACAUACUGUCUUUUGUUUAGGUCAGAAUUUGUUUGCUUACAAAAGUUUUUUGUUGUUGUUGUUAUUUAAGCUUUCUUUGUAAAUUUAAGCUUCAUUUUAUUGCAAAUGUGCAAUUCAAGCAAUGAUUUUCCCAAAAAUGUUAUUUAGUUGAAAUGUGUCUAAAGAACAUAUUUUUAUUUCUUACUCCAUUUCUAAGACAUCUACGUAGAUGUUUUGAUCCAGACAGAAAUGUAACUGUAUAAGGUGAAGUUAGUAUGACUUAACUGCUUUGCUGAAAUGUCUGCAUAUUCUUAAUUUUAACAGAAUAAAAUUAAAUUAUGACGAC